AUGGCUCCAGUCCUGUUAGAACCCACACUUGUUGCUUCCCAGCCCAGUACUGCUCCAUUGAAAGUAGCGGUCAAUGGUACUGCUACAAACGGAGUUGGCUUCACCCUCAAGGCACGACCUUGGCGACUCUUGCACCUUGCCGAUGUCCUCAACCCUCCCCCGCUCACCCAAGAAGAACAUCCGGAUAUUCGCAUCCAGCGACUACUUCAAUUAGCCUGGGUCACCACUAUCAGAGCCUUUUCCUGCUCGACAACCCUAUACAUUGGUCAAGACUAUCUAAAGGGCCAAUGCUACAUAGGCGAGGCAGCUCAUGGCUACUCGAAGCCGACCGUCCAGAUCCACGUAGAUCCUCAUGAUACUGUGGGAGACCUUUUCCGGGAGAGCAUUGAAGCAUUGGGCCCAUUAUCCCAUGUUGGAGUUACAGAUAAUGUCCAAAUUAGCCAGACUGAGCAUUCCGGCUUCAAUGUGGCAAUCGUCUACCAGAAGCAACCGGCGGAACGCAUACUCUCUGGUCAGGAUGCCUGCGUUGGCCAUUGUCAGGUUUGCUGUGGCAUACCGGCGAAAGAACCAUCGGAGGUAGACUUGAUAUUCACCGGUCUCCGUCUUUCAAUACGCCAUACUUCCGACGAUAGGUUACACGCCCGGUUGGAUGUUGGAAACACUGGGAUUGGACUGCCAUUAGCUACAAGCCUCUUGAAUAGCUUCAACCAGGCCCUCUCAUCAAUUGACGGCGCAUCUACUCAGACGAUCGGUAGCCUCGAGCUAUGCUCGGCGCAAGAUCGUGACCAGAUUACCCAAUUCACUAAAGACAUCGGCCCUGCCAAUGAUGCCUUGCUGCAUGACCUUUGUUUACAACACGUGAAGACAACCCCCGAUGCUCCCGCUGUUCGCUCUUGGGAUGGGGAUCUGACAUAUCGCCAACUCGAGGAUUUGACUUCUCGGUUGGCACAUUGGCUAGUGGGACAAGGUGUUGGACCAAAUAUCUAUAUCGCGUGCGCCUUCUACAAAUCCACCUGGGCUGUUGUGGCCAGACUGGCUGUCCUCAUGGCUGGCGGUGCAUACAUAUGCGUUGAUGGCUCUGACCCACCACCAUACCUUGCAUCCGUCCUCGAACGCACCCAGAUAAAGAUCAUGCUCACCUCAGCUGGGUACAAGGAAAAGUUUGCCGAUCGGGUCGAAACUAUCUUCGAGGUCAGCGAUGCCUCCGUUUCCAGUUUACCAUUGGUGACUUCAAUCCCUUGUUCGACCGUCAAACCCACCGACCCUUGCGUGGUGCUCUUCACCUCCGGCAGCACGGGGAAGCCAAAGGGAAUUAUCCAAGAGCACCGUAGCUAUGCCUCCGCGUUGACCGAUUACAUCCGAGUCAUGGGCAUGGGACCCCAUUCCCGGAUGUUCCAAUUCGAUGCAUACACCUUCGACAUCAGCAACAACGACUUCCUGGCGCCUCUUAUGGCCGGUGGAUGCUGCUGUGUUCCCACUAGAUCUCUGACUAUGGACUCGCUGAUGAAUGACAUGAAUGAUCUGGAGGGGAACAUGAUGUUCAUAACACCCUCAGUUGCCAUCGACAUGGAACCAGACCGCGUACCCACACUGGAAAUGAUGUGUAUCGGCGGUGAGCCAGUCUCAGACGCCGUAUUAGCAAAAUGGCUGGACCGGGUGCAAGUGGUGAACCAAUACGGCAUGGGUGAGAUAGCUUCUAUGUGCGCAUAUAACCGCAAUCUCCAGAUGGGUCGCGGGUCAGUAGUCGGUCGUCCUGGUACUGGUGCAAUCUGGAUCGUCAAUCCUGAUAACCCCGACCAACUGAUGCCUGUCGGAGGUGUGGGCGAACUACUUAUCGAGGGCCCCCAUCUAUCCAAGGGAUAUUUAGACCACGUCUCUGGAAAGUCAGAGAAUUUCCUCGCCACACCCCCAGUCUGGAUGGCCCAGCUGCACACCGACAGGCCGAAUCAUCGCCUCUAUCGAUCCGGAGAUCUGGGACGGUACAACCAUGAUGGGACGGUCGAGCUGAUGGGUCGCAAAGAUAGCAUGCUGAAGCUCGACGGAGCGCGCGUCGAGGCUGGUCAAGUGGAGUAUGUUCUCCGACGCAACCUAUCCACCGGCGAUGCGGCUGUCGUGGAUAUUCUCGGCGCUAUCGAUGGCGAAGCCGAUCCCAUUCUGGCCGUUUACUUAUACUUGGCGAAUAACCCAAUGAACAUGGAAAACGGUCCGGAUGAAGAGAUGGAGUUCCGUCCGAUUAGCAACAAGCAUGCUGUGCAUGGGCUAACCCUGUCGCUGAGCGAGGCCGUCCGUCAGAACUUGCCCAAGUACUAUGUUCCUGCACUUUACAUCCUCAUUGAUAGAGUCCCGCGCACCAAGUCUAAAAAGACAGAUCGGCGCAAGCUUCAUAUGUUGGGACAGGCUUAUUACAUGGAGCAUCGGGAUGAGCUGGAGGACAUUACUGUUUGGUUGGAUUGGAAUGAGAUAUAA